AUGUUGCUGACAGUCUCGCGUCUCCUCGCCGCAGGCCCACCAAAGGGUCGAGAACCUAGAUCCAGGUUGGACAGGCCGUGCGAUGCAUGCCGGCGGCACAAGCACCUAUGCAUGAUCCCGGUGCGCGGUGAGCCUUGCGUGUCGUGCAAGACGCGCCGUAAAGAAUGCACCUUCCACCUGCCCCCAACGACCCGCAAGCGCAAGCCAAAGGGCGAUGCGGUCCCAAAGGAUGUCCCCCAGGUGGGUGUUGUGCCCGCCAUCUCCUCCUGUACACCGCUCACCCAGCCGCAGCCGUACGCCCCGGCACCGCUCCCCACAGCGGGGUCGUGGCUCACGCCGACGGCGGGCGGGCCGUCCGUGACCUCCGCGACACGGGGCACGCCGUCGACCAUCUCGCCUGCGGGCUCGGCACCGAUCCCGACGACCAGUAGCAACGGCGCGUACCCGCUCUCGCCGUUCGCGCAGGACAGCCUACGCGGGCUCGCGCGCCCGUCGCUCCAUCUGCAGCGGUACCCCUCUCCACCGGCCAACGCGCACUCGGCCACCCGCGACGCGCUCGUGCACCAGGCACUCUCGGGCGGCGCCGAGCUCCCGCCGAGUCUCGACCCCGCCGACGACGCAGAGGACGAGUCGCACUUUGUCGGCUCGGGCGCCUUCUUCGGCCUCACCCUGCGCAAUCCUGCUGCGGAGGGUCUCUCAAACUCGACGUUUGCGCGCCAGGCCACGCUCGCGUUUCGUCAGGUCUCGGCCAGCUCCCGCCUCCCGGCGUACUUUAUCAAGCACCCUAGCUUGCUGUACGGCCGCGGGCCGAGCUCGGCGCAGAAGGCGUUCGAGAUGGUCAUGGAGGAGGCGGCGGCCGUCGGCGAUGACAUGCUGAACAAGGCAUUGGGCAAGUUCACCCUCGUCACCCUCCCCGCGCUCCCGUUUGUCAACGCCAAGCGGCUGGAAUCCGCGUGCGCCGGCCUCGGCGGCAACGGACCCGUCCCAUUCGCGCUCCUCGCGGGCAUUGUUGCCCACUCGACCCCCUACAUCAACGAGCUGCGGCCACUGCACAAGCAACUGUGGUCGCAGGGACUCGUGGGCCUCGAGGACGAGUUUAGGCAGCCGCGCCUGAGAACCAUCCAGCUCGCGCUGCUCAUCCUCUCCUCCCGCCCAGCGGAGAACGUUGGCCAGAGUGAGAUUGGACUUGCGCGAGCCGCCGGCGCGGCUCACCUCCUCGGCCUGCACAUGGACCCGACCAACUGGACCCUCCCGCUCUGGGAGCGCAGCGUGCGCAAGCGUCUGUGGUGGACGCUGCUCAUCCACGACAAGUGGCGUGCGCUGAUCUACGGCCGCCCGAGCAAUCUCCACAAGAGCAACUACAAUGUGUCGCUGCCGACGCUGCACGACGCUGACGGCGCUCCGGGCCUCUCGCCGUCCACUCGCCUGUCGUAUGAGGCGUUCAUCGCCACGUGCCGGCUGACCGAGAUUGUCGACAAGCUUGUCGACGAGUUCUACACCGUCCAGGCGGUGGUGAAUGCGCCGACGGGCGUCACGCGCCUCGCCCGCCUCGAGGAGAUUCGCGCCCAGCUCGACGAGUUUGAGCGCACGCUUGACCCAGACCUGCAGGUGCGCUGGGGACAGAGCUCAACUACCGAGCUUCUGCCCACGGGCGUUAAAUCCUUCCAGCUCUCCGUCUUUGGCGUCAUGGUCGUGACCAACCGUCUGGUUGUUGAGAGUCUGACCGAUAUGCGGGCCCCACACAGUCUCGUUGUGCUCAACAACGGCCUUGUCGCGUGUCAGCGUCUCGCCGAACUCGUCAUCAACCUCAGCGCGGCUGAUCGCGACCAGUUCUGGAUGCCUUACUCUUCCCACCACAUCUCAAACUGUGUGAGCCUACUUCUCCGCAUCGCCCUCUGCGACGUACAAGGCGAGCACCACCUCGUCGAUUCCGCAACCCAGUACGCCAUCUCCCUCGUCGACGCCCUCGUGGCCGCGUUCCUCGGCUGGACCUGGGACGUUGCCGAGGCCGCCCUCCGCCGGAUCAUCACGCUGCUGCUACUCGCCAGCCGUGAGCUCCCGAUGCUUUCCAACGCGUACACUGCCGUCGCCAAGGCGCUCAACAUUCCCGUGACGGGCAGCGAUGAGGCGCCGCUCUCUGCAGACCAGCUGCUCGAGUCGCUCGGCCUCGGCGUCGGGGGCGUCACGUCCAGCUGGCUCGAGACUGACCUGUCGUGGCUCGACUCUGGCCUGCUCUAUGGUGCGCUCGAGUCUACUGCCAUUCCCGAGGCGUCGUCGCUCGAUAUGAGCCAGCCCAUCUAGUUAUUCUUCCUUGUAGCAUGAUGC